CGGGCCUCACCUGGACACAACUGCGACAACUGCUUACACGCCCGACGAUUUGCCUACCCGCAGCCCCGACUCAAAUCCUCGCUUUUGCGAUCCAUGCGCCGCACGGGCUUACACUUUAGUCCGACUCAUCCGGGUCGGCGCUCGCCCGCGCCCUCGACCACGGUGGUCGAUAUCCUGACCUUGAUCAUCCAGUGGCAAAUGUACCAUUUGUCUGACCAGAUCUUGUCCUAUUUGGACGCGGUGUCGUUGCGCACGUGCGAGGAGGUGUGUUGUCUGUGGCGGGGCUACAUUCGCCAUCAAAAGACUUGGCGCAAAGUGGUGGUGAACACGGCCAAGGAAACUCCGCAAUUGAUGGAGCUCAACGGGUGGAAUCGCCUCUUGUCCAGGUUGAGCACCACGCGCGAUAUGGUCGAUAUGGACGUGUUUAAGAACUUGUAUUGGAAAAUGACCACGCUGAAAGAAGUUUGGCGACAUCAGGCUUUGUCCGAGAACAAGAACCAUUUCAAGCGCUCCGGCACGAUUGUUUGGACGUUCUUACCGUCUGGUCGCUCCGUGUCCGUGUACACGCAAGGCAAGGGCUACGUGAUCAAGAUCCACGACGACAUGACCUUCAAGUUCCGGGCCUUGCUUCGAUCCACGCUGGGCACGGUCAAGAAAGACAACCUCUGUUUAGAUGCCACGGAAAAACGCAUCGCCGUGGGCGGAUUUGUCAGUCAGAAAGUGUGGGUGUUCAAUGUCAAGGAGGGCCCAAUCACCCGAAAGCGCCAUCUCGAGUAUCUCUUGGGCGUGAUGAAGGGCGAGCUGGCCCGUGCCGAGCCCACGCUCGACAUCGAGCUCUACAAGUUCAUCAAUGCCGAGUCGGGCGUGCGGAAAAUCAAGCUCCACCCCGAUGAGAAGCGCAUGGCGGUGCUCUUGCCUUCCAAUCAGUCGGUGGAGAUUUGGGACAUUGACCAAGUGAUUCGUCUUCAAACCCACUCGGUUCAAGCCGACUCGCUCUACCUCAUUUGGAAAGAGGGCAUCUUGGUGACCGCCCCCACCUAUUCGGGAAUCAUCCAAGUGUUCAACACCGACCGAGAGACUCGAGUGGGGACGGUGGUAGGCAAUUUGCGGCGGAUUGAUGCCAUUGCUAUGUACAAUCAACUCAUUGUCACGGCCGAGGGCAAGAUGAUCAAGCUCUGGAGCAUGCCCGACGAAAAGAUGUUGAUCCAUUGGAUCGCCACCAAAGGUCAUCUCUGCUCGUUGUUCCUGAAUGAUGUGAUUGUGGUGAGCGGCUCGAGUGCGGGCGUGGUCAAGAUCUGGGAUCUUAAGACCCUGUUCUUGUUGAAGGGCGUGGAUUGCGUGCCAAUUCGAAGGAUCACCAUGAAAGGCAUCCUUCACUAUCCAAUCAAAUUCAUCCAUUUGUGGUCCUACACCAACAUGGUGAUUGUGGCCAAGUACGAAGCUAAGAAACGCAAGGACAAGGUCAAAAUCGUGCAAGUAAAAACAUAUUGAUCUGUGAUAGAACACAUCCACCCCGCCCGAAAUCCGAACUUCUCAAAACCCGAUCCGAGCCCUUCCUUUCGCUCUUGUUGGCCAUUCGAACCGCUCUCAAAUCAUUAUGGAGCAAGGUCUAUGCCAGCAUGCGAGGAUGGCCGUACCCACAAACACUCACCUCUCUUCCCCACCAAGAAUCAUACAUACGUAACUAUUGAGUUUUGUUCCCACCCACCAUUAUUGUCCAAAUCAGGUCGGCUCACACACAAUGCUAGGAUGAUGAUGAAGGACCGGCCAGAAGAGAUUGAUCUCCCGAAUUCGAUAUCGCGGCCGGGAAGAAGAAAACAAAUAUCACCCGGAUUUCAAG